AUGUCUACUGUCAAUAAAGCUAAAGUCACACAGCCUAAGUGGAACUCACCGGUCAAGAAAAAUGCCACUGAAAAUGGUGAACCAGUUUUGAAGUUAUACAACUCUUUAACAAGAACAAAAACUGAAUUUCAACCUAUUGAAGGAAAGAAUGUCAAAUGGUAUUCAUGUGGUCCUACAGUCUAUGAUUCAAGUCAUAUGGGUCAUGCUAGAAACUAUGUUACAAUCGAUAUCAAUAGAAGAAUCUUACAAGAUUAUUUUGGGUAUAAUAUCAAAUUCGUUCAAAAUGUUACAGAUAUUGAUGACAAAAUCAUCAUUAGAGCUAGAGUCAACUAUUUGUUUGAUGAAUUCAAAAAGCAAUACUCUGGUGAAUCAACUGUUAAUGAAUCAGUUUUGAGUAAGAGUAAAGAUGCAUGGAGUAAAUUCAUUACUAAAAACUUAUCAGAAGCUCCAAGUUCAGAAUCGGACUUUAUUACUUGGUCAGAAUCAGUUAAUGUUACUGAAAAGCAAGUUCAAGAACCAAAAUUCCCAAUGCAUUUGAAAUCAGCCAAAACUGCAUUAUCAGCUAUCCAAAAUUAUAAAACAAUUCCAAAAGAUGAAUUUUUCGAAAAUAUUAAAGAUGUUCUUGUACCAGUUUUGGAUGAAGAAUUAGGUCAUACUAUAAAUGAUCCAGAAAUCUUUAAAGCUACUCCAGCAUUUUGGGAAAAGAAAUAUAAUGAAGAUAUGGUUGCUUUAAAUGUUUUACCACCAACUAUUGUCACUAGAGUCUCAGAAUAUGUCCCAGAAAUUAUUGAAUUUGUGGAGAAGAUCAUUUCAAAUGGUUAUGCUUAUGCCACUGAUGAUGGUUCAGUUUAUUUUGAUACUGUUAGAUUUGAUAAAUCAGAAAAUCAUGAUUAUGCUAAAUUACAACCAUGGAAUAGAGGUCAAGCUGAUUUGAUUGCUGAUGGUGAAGGUUCAUUAUCAACUGGUUCAGGUAAAAGAUCUACAAAUGAUUUCGCACUUUGGAAAUCAUCAAAACCAGGUGAACCUGAAUGGGAAUCACCAUGGGGUAAAGGUCGUCCAGGAUGGCACAUUGAAUGUUCAGUUAUGGCUACAGCUGUCUUGGGUAAAGAAAUGGAUAUUCAUUCAGGUGGUAUCGAUUUAGCCUUCCCACAUCAUGAUAAUGAAAUUGCUCAAUCUGAAGCUUGUUAUGAUCAUGAACAAUGGGUCAAUUAUUUCUUACAUACAGGUCAUUUACACAUUGAAGGACAAAAAAUGAGUAAAAGUUUGAAAAAUUUCAUCACAAUUCAAGAAGCUUUAGAACAAUAUACACCACGUCAAUUAAGAUUAGCAUUUGCUUCAUCACAAUGGAAUAAUCAAUUAGAUUUUAAAGUUGCUUUGAUUCAAGAAGUUAAAGGUUUUGAAAAUACUUUAAAUAAAUUCUUUAAAAAUGUUAGAGCUUUAAAUAAUGAUUAUAAGAGCCGUCUUGAUUCAAAUGCCAUUAUUUCCAUCAAAACUGGACCUUUAGAAACAAAAUUAUUUGAAAGUUUAGAAAAAACACAAGAUGAUGUUCAUAAUGCAUUCUGUGAUAAUUUAUCUACACCACAAGUCUUGAAAUCACUUGCUGAAUUAGUUUCAACUUCUAAUACUUAUAUUGUUAAUGUUGGUACUGAAUUAAGAAUUGAUGCCUUAUUACAAGUUGCUUAUUUUAUCACUAGAAUUAUAAAUGUUUUAGGGUUCCCAUCAAGAUCAGAUAAUAUUGGUUGGAAAGAUGAAGAUUCAGCAGAUGGAACUUCAUCAGGUUCAACUGAAGAAUUAUUAUUACCAUAUAUCAAGGAAUUAUCUUCAUUUAGAGAUGCUGUUCGUUCAGGUUCCAUAAACAAGGUUCAAUAUUCUGAAUUAUUAAAAGCUUGUGAUGAAUUACGUGAUGUUGGUUUAUUGAACCUAGGUGUUUCAUUAGAUGAUCGUACAGAUGGUCAACCAGCUUUAGUUAAAUUUUUAUCAGAAUCUGAAAAGACUGAAUUAAUUAAACAACGUGAAGAAAAAGAACAACGUGAAAAGGAAAAAUUAGCUAAAAAGGCAGCUCAACAAAAAUUAAAAGAACAACAAGAAAAAGAAAGAAUGGAAAAAGCUAAAACAGCACCAAAUGAUUUAUUUAAAACUUCUGAAUAUUCAGAAUGGGAUGAACCUGGUAUUCCAACAAAAGAUAAAGAAGGUAAUGAAGUUACCAAGAGUGCUAAAAAGAAAUUGCAAAAACAAUAUGAUGCACAAAAGAAACUACAUAACGAAUACUUGGAAAAAAUAAAGAACUAG